AAUCAAAAAUGUCUGAAGAAGCUACCUGCUCUAGGCCUGAACAGAAAAUUAAAAUUGAACUAGAAGAUUAUACAGUAGAAGAGAUUCAUGAUGAAAUUGAGGAUGAAUUUAAUACUGUUGAUGAUAUUAUUAAAUCUGAGUUGUAUACAGAAGAUAAUGAAACUUGUCUGAAGAAUUUUAUGAAUUCUGAAGUGACGAUAGAGGAAGAAAUCAAACAGGAGUUAAUUCAGACACCCGAAUGUGGCCCAUCUAAUAGAUCACUUGAAAUACCACUUAACCCAGAACAGCAUAUGGUAGUUGAUAAUCGUAAAUGUAUAUAUUGUUCAAAGACUUUUCAACAUUCAGGUAAUUUAAAAGUGCACCUCAGAAUCCACACCGGUGAAAAGCCUUUUGCAUGCUCAAUAUGCAAUAAAGCAUUCAUUACCAGAUACCUUUUGGGGCAACAUGUUCGAAUUCACACCAAGGAGCAACCAUAUAAAUGUGAUAAAUGCAAUAAAACAUUCACACAACGGAAUGGUUUAAAAGCACAUGCAAGUGUUCACACAGGAGAACGUAAAUACAAAUGUGAAAUCUGCAAGAAAUAUUAUUCUCAAAGCAGUGUUAUGAGGAGACAUGCUUUAAGUCACAUCGGGAAACGGAAUCAUCAAUGUGAAAUAUGUAAUAAAACUUUUGUUCGAAAAGAUCAUUUGGCAAAACAUAUGAGUUGUCAUAAACGGGAAGAAGAAAUUUUGCCGGAUGGUGGUUGA